AUGAAGGAAUCUAAACAAACUCAGACACCUAUAGAAGAUUUAGCAGAAUUGAGAAGCUACUUUGCGAGUCAUAACGUAGUACGAGAAUAUAUAGCCCAUAGCUCCAAGGUCCACUCUGUUGGCUGGUCUUGCGAUGGUAGGAAGUUAGCAUCGGGUUCAUUCGACAAAAGUGUCGCUAUUUUCAAUCUGGAGAGGAAUAGAUUGGUGCAAGACUUUAUAUUUAAAGGACACACCGGCUCAGUGGACCAACUCUGUUGGCAUGCAUCACAUCCGGAUUUAUUGAGUACAGCCAGUGGGGAUAAAUCAGUGAGGAUAUGGGAUACAAGGUCACACAAAUGUGCCGCAGCAAUUUCAACCAAAGGCGAGAACAUAAACAUAGCCUGGUCGCCCAGCGGGGCCACUAUAGCGGUGGGGAACAAGGAGGAUCUUGUGUCUUUUAUCGACACUCGGAACUACAAAGUGGUAGUCGAAGAGCAAUUCAAUUUUGAAGUAAACGAAAUCUCGUGGAACAGCUCGUCUGAUCUUUUCUUCUUGACAAAUGGUUUGGGAUGUGUGCAUAUACUUACAUAUCCUGGCUUAGAUUUACAAACGGUGCUAAAGGCUCACCCCGGCACAUGUAUAUGUAUAGAGCACGACCCCACUGGGAGAUACUUCGCUACAGGGUCCGCUGACGCUCUCGUUUCACUGUGGGAUGUGAAUGAAUUGGCCUGUUUGAGAGUUUUCUCCAGACUGGACUGGCCCGUACGGACCUUAUCGUUCAGUUUUGAUGGAAGGCUAUUGGCCUCGGCAAGUGAGGAUCACAUCAUCGAUAUUGGUGACACUGAGACAGGUGAAAAAGUAGCAGAGAUACCAGUACAAGCGGCAACAUUCACAGUAGCGUGGCAUCCAUCAAGAUAUUUAGUGGCGUUCGCUUGUGAAGAUAAAGAGCCCCCGGAAAGGAAACGGGACGCCGGCAACCUCAAGUUGUGGGGACUUAGUAGUAGUUAGUUGGUGAAUAAUGAACAAGUUAAACAUUUAUAAAUGGAUAGUGAAGUGAUUUGUGUUUUAUGUGCGCCUCGUAUAUAAUAUGAUUGUGGUAAUUUAUUUUUAACCAACAUCCAAAAAAGGAGGAGGUGUUCAAUUCGAUUGAAUUUUUUACGUAUGUUAACUCAGUACUUUUGCUUGGGUGAUGAUUUUUUUCAUCGAAAGGUCAUUAUGUGAUUCCAUUAAAUUUAAUUGAGAUCUGAAAAGUA